AUGCUAUUGCCGAGACGGCAAUUCUGCGCUGUGGGGAUGUAUGCCAGUUGCCGUCUCCACUCUCUGAUGCUCUGCCCGAAGCAGCAUCAGCGGUGUUCGUACCAUCAUUCACACCGUUCCCCUGUUGUCUGUCGUGGCGUUGGGGAAUGCCAGCAACACAUUCGUUUGUUGCGGCAGGAGAUGGGCGGGGCUCGCACGCUGUUGGCGGUGCACGAGGCGGCCGUGCGGUUUGUGGCGGCGGUGCACACGACGGUUCUUUUCCCGCGGGACGUUGUGGGCGGCGUGGAGGACUUCGCCGCUCGACUCGCGCGGGCCCACGCGGAGUUAACUGCCGUCGAGGAGUUCGGCGCGUGGCUGCAGGCCGCCGUGCCGCCCACCGCGGAGUUCAUCUCCGCCGCGGAACUCACGCGGCUCGUCUUGUCGUUUGGACGAUACCACCGCGGAGUGCGUUGGGGCGGCGAGUGGCAUCGCGGUGGCUAUCUGCUGCAUCCAUGGCACAAUACUUAUUGCCCCGCCACACACGCCGAACAGAUGCCAUAUGUACACUUGCUACAAUGGAUGCUGCACACAAAGCCUCGCAGACAUAACACCAGUCAACACAUUAAUACAAAUAAUGAAGAUACUAAUGAUUGCGGUGGUCUUCUUAAUGAACCGUUCUCCUCACGAGAUGAGGCAAUGCGGAUAUGGAAUGCCUUAGAGACCUUUACCCCACCAUCAUGGAAGAAUGCUGCGUCUACGGGUAGUAACACGGGAUUUACGGCACUUGACUGUGGUUGUCAUAGUGGGUAUAUGACAGAUCUUCUUUUAAAAGCUGGGGCUCAUCAUAUAGUGGGUGUUGAUGUCUCAAAACAUACACUUGGAAGUGCAGAGGCGACAGUACACGAACACUUACAGGAGCGGCGUAGUACGGGUCAUGUAGCCAAACGAGUACAUUUUAUGCGUUGUGAUAUUUUACCCGAGUGGGAGACUGUAGCACCAAAGGAAAACGGGGGUACUCCAUUGAAAGAGAGUGUCUUGACUGUUGCUGCUAAACGUCGUCGACGUGAAGCAAGACAGCACAACAUCGCCGUUGAUCCGGAUUCUGUGGAAAAGGAAAAAAAUUUUGAUCCUGUUGAUUUUCUCGUUUUCCACCCACCAGCAAAACCCCUCUUUCCUUCAUGGCCUUCUUUGGAGGAUGCAUUUAACUCUAGGGAUUUUGCGGGAAGUGAUUUAGGGAUAUCACAUCCACAUUCUUCUUUGCCAGUUUUACGUGAAAUACUGCAACAGCUUCUAUUUGUUUCUUCAAAUGAAAUGGAUAAUAGUUCCUCACGACAGCAUCGACGAAAAAUACCAUUAAUAAAGGAAGGUGGAUACGUUGCUUUUAUUCUACCUCGAACCUUUGAUCCGAAGUCUAUCUUGGAAUAUACUUCAUUAGAACCUCUAUUGGAUAGUGGUGGUUUUGGUGUUACCCCAGUAAUGCCUCUUGGGGAUGUUGUUGUUACGACUUUGGAGGGAUCGUAUGAGUUGGUACUACGUCGGCGCUAUUCACUUAAAGAAAUGCUUGAUGAUUCUGAAGCAACACAUCGCCAGGAUAUGAGAUACAUUCGCGCAUUUGCCCAUCCACAGUUUCAUAAGCGUAUAGAGCGUGAAUUACAGGAUUUUUACAAGGUACAUCAGAUGAUAGAUCUUCUUGUACUACGUAAGAAGAAAUUAAGCAAAAAUACCGAUACUUUCUAUAAUGGGGAUCACAACAAUGUUAAUGAAAAAAGUCAUUCUAAUAAUGGUAGAACAACUGAGCCUCUUCAAUAUGAAGAGAGUUUUGAGUUUACUGAGUAUAUUCCAGCAAAUGCACCUUCUCCAGCACAUCACUGGACAGAGGUUACCCCUUCAUAUUCCUAUCUAGAAGAAGAAUUUUUUGGUGGUAAUAAGGUGAUAACAGCAUCAGGAUUAGAAAAAGGUACAAUAUCAACGCCAGGAGUUACACAUGAACAAAAUUUUUUGGCUGUUGGUCAUACCAUCCCUCCUAUGAGACGUAAUAAUUUGCACGGUGAUGAUGAGUUGAGUCAGUCCGAACUGCAUACGGUACGACGAAAUUUACAAAAUUACCGUAAUCUGUUUGCUAAAGAGCUAAAGGAGAAACGAUCAGGUCGUCUGCGUAAGAUGGCAUUACAACCAUUGGAUAAACAAGAAUGGUAUAUUGAUGAGAAAUUAGUCAAGUCAGAGUCAGCGAAGGUUGACUUGAUGAAUGAGUUAUCGCGGUUCGAUAUGCAGGAUUGGGAUUGA